AUGAUUGAUGCCAAUCCCUCCCACUAUGUGACUAUUACGACACCGCAUGACCAAACUGAUGCUGCCGAUAAGGCUGAAAAAACGGCACGCAUUAAACAAUUGGUUGGACAGCUGCAGAAUAAUCUUUGCAAUGUUUCGGUUAUGAGUGAUCCUGAUUUGGAUUCUCUAUCGAAUAUGGAUCCGAAUUCAUUGGUGGAUAUAACGGGCAAAGAUUUUAUGGAACAGCUUAAGGAUUCAGGCAGUUUCAAGGUCAAGGAUAUAACGCGCAACAUAAAGAAAGCUGUUGUGGCUGGUUCCUUAGAAGAAAUACGUUCAAAAGUGGCAGAAAAAUUUGAAAAAAUUGAUCAAAUACCUACAAUACAUUUAGAUUCGGAUGGUACGGAAAUUGAUGAUGAGGAAUAUUUUCGUACUUUAGAUGCUAAUACUGAAUUGAUAGCGGUAUUUCCGGGUGAACAUUGGAUUGAUGUAAGAAAAGUAUUUUAUGUUGAAAAUCGUUUUAAAAAUGAUUGAUUGUAAUGGAAUUAAAAAAAAAGUUUUAAGAUGUAGUUUUUGUUUUUUUUUUUUUGUAAAAUUUAUAACCUAAUAAAAUUGGUAA